AUGUCAACAAGGAAGCCAUUAUACCGCCUUGCGGAUCCAAAAACUGGCACGGCCAUAUUCUUCCCUGAAAUCCGUCAGGGCCGUCAUUUGUCCUAUGAUCCCCCUUUGAGUGAAGAUCUGAUGUGCACACGGUUAUGGACACCUCGCCGUGUACAAUGUGGGGUGGCGUUGGAACCGUAUCGCUGGGUCCAAGAGAGGGGAAUCGCUGGUAAUACUCGCAGUUGUAGCAACGGACAAGCGGGAAUCCACAGCAAUGCAACACGUGAUCGCGGCGGAACGGGACCGUGCCAAUGCUCCCAGCGUAACCUUCAUUUCGAGACCCUGGAUGCGAAGGUAACGUCCGAUUCUCCGCUCAAUCCAAGCAUAUUAUCAUCCAUUGUAUAUGUGCACCUCUCUGUUCGAGGGUGGUUUUUGUACCACUUGGGUCCGAAGAGAUUCCAGCGUUCUCCACCAGAUUUCGAUGGAAAAGUUCAGCUCAGCCACAAGGUACGCCCCCGAGUGCCAGUGAUGUCAACGGGUCGGGUGAGUAUGCGCAGGGUCCCAGAGGACAUAUUGGGAGUCCUGGGGAUCUCGACCUUGGAUCUCGAACAGGUCGGUGCGGGAGACGUACAUGCAUCGAUAUCUACGCCUUUAGAUCUUAGACAGCGAUUCUGGGGGAGGGGCCCCGCUUUCUUGAAGCCAAUGAAAGCGUACAUGUACGUUUUCGUGGAACUUACCUCGAUCGCAUACACAAGUUCUCCGAUGACAGAAGCGACAGACACCAUUCUGUCCCCUUUCUUUCUCCAAUAA